AUGAUAGUCCGCGUGACUCGUCUCCUAACUGUCUGUGCAAGCGACCGUGAGGAAUGGACCCAGUUUUUGACCACACGUUUGGCUGCUCUCGCUUUUGUCUGCACGGACGAGAAAUUUCAUUGCUCUUCCUCUUCUGGCCCGGGGGCCUAUUCGUACGUAGUGCUUCCAGGCAGUGGAGGAACACGACCUUGCGGAUUGGCGUCAGCACCCGAAGCUACAUCGAAUCCCAGUCUACCGCGGCGUCUACAGCACCUAGCCAGUUUGCCGCAUGGUGAGGUGGUAUGUGCAGUUACUAUUGCACCCGCACCCUCUGGUCGAGGCUCUUCCCCUACCUCCGGCGGUGACACUCUCUCGCCCUCCACCUUCAAAGUUGAUCCCAGCGGUGAUGGCGAAACUUCUGUUGCUAUAUCAUCAUCCACCCGCAUUCCGCAUUUCGCUUACACGGGUGGACGCGGUUGUGUCAAGCUCUGGGAUCUCGACACUAUUGCUGGCUCCUCUUCCUCUAGAGAUGUUGUCGCUCUCGCUUCUUUUGAUUGUCUUCGUCCUGAAAGUUAUGUUCGCUCCAUCAAGCUCUUCCCGUCACUCAAUUCAUACUUGAUUUCGUCAUCAAAGUUUUUUACGCAACCACUCCACCCUAAUUCGAUUAUGUGGUCAUAUUCUCAGUCCAUCUUAGUCCACUCAUCCCUCACUACGUGCGCUACUAGUCGUUAUGUUGCUCUUUUUCACAACCAACAGGAUUGCUCCACUCUGCUGAUUGGAGGCGAAUCGAGUUGCCUGACGAUUUGGGAUUUGAACGGUCCUGGUCGAAGAAAAGCCGACCUUACUUUUGAUGCACCCGCCUGUUAUGCACUCGCCCUCUCUCCUGACUGCAAACUUUGUUACAGUUGCUGUUCUGAUGGUCAAGUUGCGAUAUGGGAUAUUCAUAAUCAGAGUGUCGUCCAACAGUUUCACGCGCACGCCGACGGCGCCUCCUGCAUCGAGCUGGUGGGACAGGGCACCCGGCUUUGGACUGGUGGCCUUGACAACAAGGUUCGCUGCUGGGACAUCCGUGGCACUUCAUCCAAUAGGCUCCACCACGUCGAGUUUAAAUCACAAGUCUUCUCAUUGGGUCUCUCCCCCAUCUACGGCAUGCAUGGUCGUAGACCCAGCCUAGCAGCAGCUGCAUCUCCUAUGGGAACAGAAGACGCAGCCCCCUCUGAAUCUCUCUUUUACGGCUCGCAGUGGCUAGCUGUCGGCCUCGAGUCCUCAGAGGUCGAAGUCGUCGCCAUCGGCCCCGAUGGUCCACCAUCCUCCGCUCCCCUCUCCUCUACUAGUGGUGGUGGCACUCCUCCCAAUUCUGCCACUCUUCUUAAACCACCAGUCAGCCCACAAACUACCAGCGCAGCUGUUUCCAGCCCUCAGGCUCCUGCCUAUGACCAACAUUUCCGUCUGACGCGCCACGAAAGCUGUGUACUCGCUCUCCGCUUCGCGCAUCAUGCCGACUGGUUCAUCACCACCGGCAAAGAUCAUCAGGUAAACGCAUGGAGGACCCCCUAUGGCGCUUGUCUCCUCGAGACCAAAGAAGCCGCCUCUGUACUAACUUGUGACAUCUCGCCAGAUGACAAGUUUGUGGUAACGGGUUCGGGUGACAAGCGGGCGAAUCUCUACGAGAUCAUCUACGGCGCAGGCUCGGUUGCCUCUUCCGCCUCCAAUGUUUCUUCGCACUAA